GACAGGGGGCGCCAGAGGGCGUCGUUGGUAUCAGCUGGAAACACCUGACACACACGCACACACAUGUUGUGAACAACACGGUGCAAUGAAGACCCUGACCUCUGAUUCGUGAUGGAUCCGUCCCACGGAUCCGCAUCUCAUCACAAUGAGACGGGGAACGCAGUGGAAAGAACGGAUUCCCGCUCAACGUGGGCCCAGUUUCUGUCCUGGUUGGAAUGCGUGUGCGUCGUUACCUUCGACCUCGAGCUCGGACAAGCCAUAGAGUUGGUGUAUCCCCAUGAUGCUAAACUCACAGAGAAGGAGAAAACCAGCAUCUGUUACUUAUCCUUCCCCGACUCUUACUCAGGAUGCCUUGGGGAUACACAGUUUAGCUUCAGGUUUCGCCAGUCCAUCGGACGCAUCAGCCCCGACUUUGGGGAAGAUGCGUACGACCGGGACGCCCCCGUCACGCUUCAGCGUGACCUGGGCCAUUUCUAUGGUUACGUGUAUUUCAGACAAGUGAAGGACGUCUCCGUCAAACGAGGGUACUUUCAGAAGUCUCUGGUUCUGGUGUCCAGGCUGCCCUACGUCCACCUCUUCCACACCCUGCUGCAGAUCAUCGCCCCCGAGUACUUUGAGAAGCUGGAGCCCUGUCUGGAAGCCGUGUGCAACGAAAUAGACCAAUGGCCUUCGCCGGUGCCAGGCUUGACCCUUAACCUCCCCGUGAUGGGCACGGUUUUACAGGUUCGGAUCCCAUCGAAGACGGACAAGCCAGGGGGGAGCCCGGCCAAACAUGCCCCGAAAGAGCAUCUUCUCCCGGCGCCGACCCUGCUGCCCACAAUUCAUGAGUUGGAUCUGUUCAAGUGUUUCCAGUCAGCCCUGAUCCACCUGCAGGUUCUCUGGGAGCUCACGUUGCUAGGGGAACCCCUGGUCGUCAUGGCGCCGUCUCCGACGAUGUCGUCCGAAAUCGUGCUGGCCCUCAUUAGCUCCAUCGCGCCGCUGAAGUACUGCAGUGACUACAGGCCCUACUUCACCAUCCACGACAGCGAGUUCAGGGAGUACACCACCAGGACCCAGGCCCCUCCCAACGUCAUCCUGGGCGUCACCAAUCCGUUCUUCAUCAAGACCUUCCAGAGCUGGCCCCACAUCGUGCGUCUGGGGGACCCCAGGAUGGCGGGGGACCUGCCCAAGCAGGUCAAGGUGAAGAAGCUGGCCAAACUCAAAACCCUGGACACAAAGCCAGGCAUCUACACAGCAUACAAAACCUUUCUGCAGAAGGACAAGAUCCUCAUCAAGAGACUACUUAAGGGCAUCCAGAGGAAGAGGCCGUCGGAAGUGCAGAGCGCCAUCUUGAGGAGACACCUGCUGGAGCUCACGCAGAGCUUCAUCAUCCCCUUGGAGCGGUACAUGGCCAGCCUGAUGCCCCUGCAGCGGUCCGUCACCCCCUGGAAGACUCCGCCCCAGAUCCGCCCCUUCAGCCAAGAGGAGUUCAUGGCCACCCUGGAACACGCCGGCCCCCACCUGACCUCCAUGCUCAAAGGGGAUUGGAUGGGACUCUACAGACGGUUCUUCCGGUCCCCCAACUUCGACGGCUGGUACCGCCUGCGACGCCGGGAGAUGACCCAGAAACUGGAGAGCCUCCACCUGGAGGCGGUGUGUGACGCGGAUCUGGUGGGCUGGACCAAGGACAAGUCGGAGGUGGAGGUCGUGGACCUGGUCCUCAAACUGAGGGAGAAGCUGACCAAGGCCCACCGGCAGCAGCUGUCGGUGCGGGAGGGCGCCGUGGACCAAUUGGAGGGCUGCGUUCAGACCAUCGCGGCGGCUCUGCCAGAGGACCUGCAGAACGUCCUGCACAGACACAGGCCGUGACGACUCCACCACCUCCACCACCACCUCCUCUGUUGCCCUUCAGCCCACGGCAGCUGUUUAUAUUCUAGAUCUGAGAUCCGAGCGAAGCCAGUAUUUUUCAGUAACAUUCCAAGUAGUUACUGUAAGGUUUUGCGCCAUCCUUUCCGAAUUUGCGCUUCCAUGUGUGGGUGGCAGCUUUGCUUAAUUUCUUCCAUAUUGUUUGUGUGACUGAGCUCUGAUCGGUUUGUCUGGUUUAAGAGGCGCGCGCUGUCACAAGUGUGUUACAGAGACGGUCCAAAUCUCUCCCUGCUUUUUAGCAACUCAACCCCCCCAACCGUUGCUACUUUACUUUAUACUGGGUGGAAACACUUUUUAAAUCAGUGUUUCGCUUUCCUCACACCUUUUUUGAUUUCAGCAUUGUAUGUUGCAAGACUGCAAUUUUAUUUUGAAUUUAAAUAUUAGUUGGAUAUUUUCAAAACUAUCCGGCAGUAAAUAAUUCUAUACCAGCAGGCCUAAACCUCAAUUCUCUGCUCAUUCAGUCUUGACUUACACUAAGAAUGUAAAAACAGGCAAGCUUUGCCUUUCAUUUACCACUAUAACUUAUACUUAAUGUUAGACUAUAAAAAAGGAUGUUUAUUUAAUGUACUUAUGUUGAAAGCCCAACGCUAUUGUAAUAUUUUCAUAAUCAAGACGUGAACAUUCAUAGUAAAAUGUUUUCUAAAAAUUUGAA